CCUGCGCGGCGCGCGCACCCCGCGACUGUGACGCGAGCGUGACGCGAGUGCUGCCGCUCCCGAGGCACUCUGCUGCCACCGCCGAGCUCCGAGGCAACCGUAGCUAGGCCCGUGUCGCCAGGCCCGGGCAGCCACUAGGCCUCCGCCUCCCGCCAUGGACGACUACGCGGUCCUCUCGGACGCUGAGCUGGCCGCUGUGCUGCGCCAGUACAACAUCCCGCACGGGCCUGUCGUGGGCUCCACUCGCAAGCUCUACGAAAAGAAAAUCUUCGAGUACGAGACUCAGAGGCGAAGGCUCUCGCCCCAGAACUCGUCCACAUCCUCAUUCUCCUAUCGGCUCUCCGACUCAGAUUCGGCAUCGGUGGACUCGGAUAUGUACGAUCUGCCCAAGAAAGAGGACGCCUUACUUUAUCAGAGCAAGGGCUAUAAUGAUGACUACUAUGAGGAGAGCUACAUGAGCACCAGAACUUACGGUGAACCUGAUUUUGCGGGCACACCCAAGGGCUUCCGCCAGCCCUCCGCUGCACUCGCAGAUGCCGACACCUUUCACCACCAGGUGCGUGAAGACAAUUUUUUCUCUUCAGACGAGGAUGGCAAGAAUAGGGAACGCCCCGUGUAUGGCCGGGACAGUGCCUACCACAGCAUCGCGCACUAUCGCCCUGUUUCCAACAUCACCAGAAGCUCCCUGGGCAUGUCCUAUUAUCCCACCACCUCCUCCACCUCUUCCAUGUCCUCAACCUCAUCUUGCCCCCCCUCGUGGCUCGCCCGCCGAGCCAUCCGGCCAGAAAAGCAGACCCCUGGGGCUGGGCUGGGCCAGGACCGCCAGGUCCCACUCUGGGGCCAGCUGAUCCUUUUUGUGGUGUUCGCUGCCUUCCUGCUCUUGGUUUACUACUCCAUGCAGGCUGAGGACGGCAACCCCUUCUAAGGGAACACCUGAGGGUCCGGCUGGCUUCGUGGCCAGCGGCUCAUGGAAGUGCUGGCCAACUGCCUUAGCAGUAUUUGUUGGGGGGAGGGGGGUGGGGGACUUUUCGUGUGUGUUCUAGCUUGUGGGUGCCUUGUCCUACCUUGUCCUGCCUAGGAGGCAGCAGACCUGGGCUCUCUGCAGCAUGGUGGGCCUGGGCUGACCUUCCUCCUGACCCUGCUUGCCUCUGACCCUUAGGGCCCAGGAGGGCAAGACCCUUCUCCUGAAGAGGAGAACAUAGUUGUUGUCAUUGCAUGCCUCCUGUUGUUGUCACCUUGUUGGGGGAUUAACCAAAGGCCGCCCUGACUUCUGUUUUCGUGGACACACAAUAAAAAGUUUAUUUUUAA